AUGGGAUUGAGAACGUGGGCCAUUAUUGCGAAUUCAAGCUCCGACGACCGGAAGCUUAGGAAUCCAUAUGCCAAUGGCAUCGGCCAUUUGACGCCAUCGAUGGCGGAUAGCCGUCAAACCCAGCGCAUAGACGAGGAUACAUUGGUUCAACCGUCCUGGAGGCUGGAGCGUUCAUGUCCACGCUUGUUCCAUCGCGUUCCAGGAACCGCCUUGUCGACUUCCUUACAUCCGCUUGCCACAUUCCCCCGGGUGGACCUUUUGCCAGUCAAUUCUGUCACGUUGAAGAGGGAUUAUUCGGCCAGCAACCGCUUAUCAACUCCCCGAAUCGGCCAUGACGAAACGCGCUCCAGCGAGCCUCGCAGGGUUACUGCUACCACGCCGCGUAAUGUCGAAAAUCUCCCGUCGAAGAGGAUUUUUGUGAUAUUAUGCUCAUCGAAUUCAAACGAUAAUUCCCCUGUGGACUUUUCCUUGAAUCCUGUUAUGAUCUCCAUCCGAUUUUUGCCUAAAACAAAUUGA